AUGGAAGCGCUCCCCCAACUCCCACCUAACUACGCAGCCGCCAUCGAGCUCAUCGAUGCCGCCCAUGAGGCGGACCCACGGCCGGCUCCGGGGCCUGCGAUCUUCCCGGUCCCUUAUGAGCUGCACUAUGCCCGCAAGAUGACACGGUGGUUGGCGCUGCGCGAGCCUGAAGCGUCGCCUGCGUUGCAAGUUGCUUGUCGGGCGCAGCAUUUUCGCCGGUGGCAACUCCCCCGCUCCUCCUACCCCCAAACCCGCGCCGGCUACCUCACCUGGCGCGCGAAACAAAAAUCCCUCGCCGCCGCCGAACUCACCACCCUCCUCUCCACCUCCCCCCAAAUCCAGCCGCCCAUCCCCCCAGACGACAUCGCCCGCAUCGCCGCGCUGGUCCGCAAGGAAGGUCUCGUCCUUUCCACUACCGCCACCGCCGCCGCUGUGGGUAAAGAAAGCAGCGGCGAGCCGACGAAGACGAAAGAGAGCGACGAGGAAACGCAAGCGCUCGAGGACGUGGCGUGUCUGGUGUUUCUCGACGACCAGUUUGAUGAGUUUGAGAGUCGGAGCGAGAUCAGUGAGGAUAAAGUGGUGGGGAUUUUGAAAAAGACGUGGGGGAAGAUGAGUGGGAAGGGACGGCAGUUGGCGUUGGGGAUGGAGUUGAGUGAACGGGCGACUGGGUUGAUUGGGAAGGUUUUGGAGGGGGAGGUUUGA